UUACCUAUAUAGUAGUUCCUGUUUGUUAGAGUUAACCUACAAACCUAAAAUAGAAAAUAAGAGAACUUGAAGUGCAGAGCAUGUGCUUAAUUUCAGCCUCAUUCAUUUCUGACCUUAAUAGUGUUUUUGUUUUGUUAGGAUUUGCAUGUAUGUGCAUUCUGGGAGGAAUGCUAUGAGAGUUUCCUUGAAGAGUCAACCUCUGCAGCACCACACCUGCAGCAGUCGCCUGGCUCACCACAACCUCUUUUAUCCUCCUAGGUUACUGGAAAGCCCCGGGGAUGGUUAAAGAGUGGUUUGGAUUUACCUGAAGUAUUGCUGCCAGGGUUUUGGUGUGCCGAGUUCCCCAAGUUUUUUCUAAUGUAGUCAGUGCAUUCACGGAUGUGACUGUUAUAUCAGACAACACCUAAAAGCCCCCGUUUGAGCAAUGUUUAUCCCCACGCAUGCAUUACUGCGUCAGCAAACCGCUUGCAGAUGCAAUAUCUGGUUGUGUCACAACAAAUUCACACUCACAAGACUCCUGCAUGUCAAAAGUUCACAUUUUUAAAAGGCUCUAGUGAUACUAAGGCAUCUGCUUUACAUCUGUCCAACUGCAUGAGCAUGAAAGUUCUAUUGUGAAACGUAUUUCCUGUGACCCUGCCAGCUUCCUGUGAAAAUGCCCACAUGAAAAUAUUUGAGCAAAAAAAGAAAUACGUGGUUUGAGAAUCUGCAAUGACUACACCGACAAACAUCCAAAGUACUUUUUGCAUUCGUAAUCGACAUACUUUGUAAAUAAUACCCCAAAAAAGAUAAGAAAUUUUUUUUUUUGCAGAUCUUUCACUUAAACCCCUCAAGCAGUGUGAAAAUCAGCAGUAGUUGGCUGUUUCUUGCACUUUUCCCAUUUCUACCAUUACCUGAUCUGAGCAACCAUGUGCUUUUCCCUUUGUACUUCAGAUAUGAUUUCAGUAAAAAAAUAAAAAUAAAAUUAUAAUAUUUAAAAAAGCAUUUAUUUUACCUGUUUAGUGAACACACCACUUGCUCUGUAGAGGGUGCUGUAAAGGACACUGGAGAAAAGUGUCAAAGGGUUUUCCAUGUAAGCAUUAGUUUAUUUUUCCUCAAAUGCAUAUAAUUCAAGUGACUCAACUGCACCUCAUCUGCAUGUGUUUAACUCCCACAGAAGUAAAGCAUGACCCUUUUUUGAAUAAUUGUCAGUACAAGAAUCGAAUUUUUGAAUUUGGUUUACAAACAAUGUUUUGUCAUAAGGCUUGGACGAUGCCCAGACAUGUCAGUGCAUGAAACAAACACAAGAGGACAUUUUCAAUCUUAUUUUACUUAAAAACAAGAAUGAAAAGAGAAAAAAAAAUGCACGUCUCAGAGAGAGGAAGAAAUUCUGGGAAACUUUGCCGCCUCACAAAGACCACGUCAUUUCCUCCUAUGACAAAUGUGUGGUUUUCAAGAAGUUUUUAAAGGAGUGUGAUUAUGAUAGGUCUUCAAUUCGCCUGUGAGAUCGAGGGAAGAAUGAAUGGUCAUGCAAAGAAUAUGCAUUUAAAAAAAUCUAUGAAAUCAAUAGCAACGUUACUCUCUUUCCUGCUACUGAUGGCUGUUCAUUCAACAAGAAUGGUGGGAGCGAGCAGAAACCAACCAUGUAGGAAAACUCUGCAGCGGACUUUCAAACUUGCUAAAGUAGUCCAGUCAGAAGCAAGUGAGCUCUUCAUAAUAUAUAAAGCUUCUCAAGGAGAAGGAUCUGAAUUCUUAUGCACAGCACCAGUCAACAACAUCCCUGACCCCAACAUCUCUGGACUGGAAGCCUCAGAGAGAAUAUCCAGCAUUUACACGCAUCUACAGUCCUUCAUUCCACAUUUAAAGAGAGUCUACGAACAGCAGACGGACUUACAGCUGCCCACGAGCCCCAUGCUGUCCAAGCUCCUUGGCGUCAGCGCCAACAGCAGGAAUCUAGCUCUUUCCAUAAAUGACUUCUACCAUCGUGCCUUCCCAAACCUGCCUCUACCGGAGCCAGCAGGUGGGCCGACAACACUACCCCCACCUUUGAAUGUCUUCCAGCAGAAGGUCUACGGCUGCAUGGUCUUGAAGACCUACAAGGAAUUCACGUCAAACGUUUCUAAAGAAUUUAAGAGUUUCAGAGGCAAGGUCUGUAGAAGAAGGAUGAAGACAAAUGCACUGUUCUGAAAAAAACGAGAAGACAACUGGCCUCAAGGCUGUAUGUUUACCAACAGCACUUUACACACUUGGCUAAUAAGGACUUAAAAGGGAAUCAUAAGGAUGGCUGGUACAUCAGUAAUAUGGAGAUUAUUUAUGGUAUUUAAUAUUUAUUUGCAGAAAACGUAAUGUUCAAGCGCCUGUGUCAGAUUUUUGAAUAUGUAAUGCAAAAAAGCUCUAUGGUGUAGACCUACACUUUGCUUUCUAUCCCCUCUGAUUCGUCUUCAUGGCUGUGUGACUAACAGAAACACUGUAAAUAAAUAAAUAAAUAUAUAUA